AUGGAUGAUUUGGCAUCCUCUUACCAGUCACGUAUGGACCGCGAUGAGUGUGAGAUAGACGCCCGGAUGACUUUUGCCAAUGGGGCACCCACGCAUAUUAGAGUCAUGGGGAAAGGCUGUGUGGCAAGACUCACAACUACUGCCACGCUGUCGGACUUGAACAUGUCGCUCGUGGGCGUGGUGGGACGAAAGGUCUAUGGUAUAGAAACAACUUUCAACGUGCAACUGACCAACGGAACUAGCACGGCCAUCCUCAUGAAUUGA